AUGAGUUUGCUUAUCAAGCAUUUAGACGAGAAACUUCUCGGAUAUGAAGUGGACCCAGAGACUGCUGCAAGUGCCCUCGACGGUUAUGUUGAGGACGUUAUGCUUCCGAUAGUCAACCGCUUCAAUGAGACCCCCGCCGUAACCUGUCUUCAAAUCCCGCCGAUGUCAGAUGACUGCGUUGACGUCUUCUACGAAGACGCUUUUCAGCGUUUCAUGUAG